UAGUUAUAUUAUCUUGGCCCAACCACCGUACACCACCGUCGCGCCGUUAAUCGCCAGCGACCUUCCUCCGCCGUGAACCGCCGUGUUCAUCUUUAAAGUCGCAAAACUCUCGAUAAUUUCAACCAAAUUCCAAAACCCACUUCAGAAAAUUGAUUUUAAAGUCUCCUAAUGUUGAAAACUAUCAGUUUUUUGCGCUCAUCACUAAGCUUCCGUGCAGCUUAUUCACUGCAUAGCCUACCGGAAAGUGCCUCAGUUUCUUCAAAGGGCAAAUCUUUUUACCAUUCUGAAUCGACCCUUUUAAUCUCUUCUUCUUUUUUGAACAAAAAUCAUGAUGAAUUUUCAGCUGAUGUAGAGAAAGUUUAUAGAAUUUUAAGAAAAUUUCACUCAAGGGUUCCUAAACUUGAGCUUGCUUUGCUUGAAUCUGGUGUAGUAGCACGUUCAGGAUUGACUGAACGUGUGUUGAAUCGUUGUGGUGAUGCUGGGAAUUUGGGGUAUAGAUUUUUUGUAUGGGCAUCAAAGCAACCUGGUUAUAGGCAUAGUCAUGAUGCUUAUAAAGCAAUGGUAAAGAUAUUAGGGAAAAUGAGACAGUUUGGUACUGUAUGGGCACUUGUUGAAGAAAUGAGGAAAGAGAAUCCUCAGUUUUUGACACAAGAAGUGUUUGUUGUCUUGAUGAGGAGAUUCGCCUCGGCGAGAAUGGUAAAGAAAGCAAUUGAAGUGUUGGAUGAGAUGCCUAAAUAUGGUGUUGAGCCAGAUGAGUAUGUUUUUGGGUGUUUGUUGGAUGCUUUGUGUAAAAAUGGUAGUGUAAAAGAAGCAGCUGCAUUGUUUGAUGAAAUGAGGUUUAGGUUUAGUCCUACGAUAAAGCAUUUUACGUCGUUGUUAUAUGGUUGGUGUAAAGAAGGGAAGCUUAUGGAGGCGAAAGUUGUAUUGGUGAAAUUGAGGGAGGCAGGUUUUGAGCCUGACAUUGUGGUUUAUAACAAUUUGCUAAAUGGUUAUGCAGUGUCUAGGAAAAUGGCUGAUGUAUUUGAUCUGUUGCAGGAGAUGAGAAGAAAAGGUUGCAAUCCUAAUGAAACUUCGUUUACGAUAGUAAUUCAGGCACUUUGUUUGCAGGACAAGAUGGAGGAAGCUGUGCGGGUAUUAUUGGAUAUGGAGAGAAGUGGAUGUGAAGCUGAUGUUGUAACUUAUACUACUUUGAUAAGUGGAUUUUGUAAGUGGGGAAAGAUUGAAAAAGGUUAUGAACUUCUGGAUAAUAUGCUGCAGAAAGGGUAUGAACCAAAUCAGACUACUUAUUUGCAUAUAAUGUUGGCUCAUGAGAAGAAGGAAGAGUUGGAAGAGUGCUUGGAACUUGUGAAGGAAAUGGAUAAGAUCGGUAUACCUCCUGACCUUAGCAUCUAUAAUAUAGUUAUUCGUUUAGCUUGUAAAUUGGGGGAAAUUGAUGAAGGUGUGCGAGUAUGGAACCAAAUAGAAGCAAAUGGGAUCAGUCCGGGGGUUGACACAUUUAUCAUUAUGAUUAAUGGUUUUGUUGAACAAGGGCGUCUAAUCGAAGCUUGUGAUCACUUUAAAGAAAUGAUUGGAAGAGGUCUUCUGUCUGCUCCUCAAUAUGGUACUCUGAAGGACCUAUUGAAUUCUCUGUUACGAGCAGAAAAACUUGAACUAGGUAAAGAUGUCUGGAGUUGCAUAAUGAACAAAGGAUGUGAGCUUAACGCGUCUGCAUGGACCAUUUGGAUUCACGCAUUGUUUUCAAAUGGACAUGUGAAAGAGGCUUGUUCAUACUGUUUAGAUAUGAUGGAUGCUGGCUUGAUGCCUCAACCAGACACAUUUGCCAAGCUUAUGCGGGGUUUAAAGAAGCUUUAUAAUAGACAGAUUGCUGCAGAGAUUACAGAAAAGGUGAGGAAAAUGGCUGAUGAGAGAAAUAUGACUUUCAAGAUGUACAAGAGACGUGGUGAAAGAGACUUGAAAGAAAAAGCAAAAACACAACUGGAUGGGAGAAAGAGGAGAGCUCGUCGACGCCGUUGGGGUAGCCAUCAUAGUCAGGCUAAGACAUUGUGAUAUGAGAUAUCAGUGAGGAGGCUGCUACUACAUUGAUGCUGUUUGACUGCACAAGCAUCCAUUCUCAGAACUAAGGGAAAGGAUGAAGUUUCCUGGGAAGCACAAGAGGUCUCCAUAGGUCCAAGAAUACAUGUCAGGUGCAGCAGCGAUGAAACUCAACCCCACAGUUUUGAGACAGAGCACAGAAUAUGUUUGUGCUGCCAUGGACAAUGAAGGUCUCAAGUUCAAAACCCCUUGCCUUGCCUGUAACAGCAGGGGGUUCAAUAUAUACUUGGGUGUCGAUUGCUUGCUAAUGUGCCCCAGUACAUAGUCGAUUAUGUAAUCAUCCCAUGUAACAUCAACCGGAAGUUCCACUGAAUCUUGAUUGUCUUCAACAUCAUUGUUAGGUCCCCUAUGGUGUACGAUUCUUGUACUUUUGAGCUGUUGUUGAAUGAUAUACUUCACCAAGGAAGUAGAACUUGACCUUUAGCUUUUAAGGUUCCAAUUUCAAGGCUUUAUUUGUAGCUGAUGUUAUAGUGAAAUUGUUACAUGAACUUUACCGACUCUUGUUAGUUCAUCUAUUAAGAAAAAGAACAAGCUGUUAUAAUUGUUA